GGCAGAGCCCAAGAGCGACACGCGUACGCCACGUAUCAAAUUCUCGACGGAAAUAGACGGGAGGGGAGUCGUCCGAAGAUAAGUUUUAAAAAGAAUAUAAAACGGGCGCAAAAUGGUACGCUAUAUAUUCUUCUUCUUUCCCCUUCUGCUAGCAUUUGCGUUCCCUGUAUUUGUUUUCGGAUCUCAAUUUCAAUUUGAAGAAGAAGAAGGGUUUUGUAGCAGCCAAGUAGAAGAAGGAGCCCUCUUUCCUGCGACGAAGAUGGCAACCCUGGGAGGAGUACACGAUUCUCACUCGUCCAAUCAGAACACAGACGAGAUCGACGGCCUCGCCCGAUUCGCCGUCGAACAACACAACACCAAAGAGAAUGCCCUCCUUGAAUUUGCGCGGGUGGUGAAGGCCCAAGAACAAGUGGUUGCUGGUACCUUGCACCAUUUAACUAUUGAGGCUGUUGAUGCUGGUAAAAAGAAACUCUAUGAGGCAAAGGUUUGGGUGAAGCCAUGGAUGGGCUUCAAGGAACUGCAGGAAUUCAAGCAUGUUGGUGAAACUCCUUCGCUUACCCCAUCGGAUCUUGGUGCUGAGAAAGAUGGCCAUGCCCCUGGAUGGCAAACAGUCCCAGCGCAUGAUCCCGUGGUCCAGGAUGCGGCGCAUCAUGCUGUCAAGACCAUCCAGCAGAGGUCCAACUCAUUGUUCCCUUACGAACUUCUAGAGGUUGUUCACGCAAAAGCUGAGGUGAUUGAGGAAUCUGCAAAGAUUGACAUGCUUCUCAAACUAAAGAGGGGAGACAAAGAGGAGAAGGUUAAAGUUCAGGUACACAAGAAUGAAGGUACCUUCCGUUUGAAUCACAUGGAGCCGGAUCACUCUUAGACUCCUUCAACAGAAGUUAAAAAAUUAUGCAGCUGCUUGACGAACUAAUAACAUUUGGAGUUAUCUACCCUUGCCCUUUUGGCUGUUAGAAGGGUCUCCAUCUUCUGUUUUUUGACUUGAACUGAUGGGUCCGGAUGGAUUUGUUUACCUUCCCAUUGGAUCCUUGUAUAAUGGUUGUAAGUCUCUAUUUUGUAUAUACGUAUCGAUAAACUUGUGUGCUUCA